AUUGAAAUUUGAAACAUUUCAAAGGUUGAAGAUAACUAAAACAAAUUGUGUAGUAGUUAUAAAAGUCUUUAAUUGGAAGUUAGUAAUCUUUUGGGUAUUUGACUUCACUUCAUGUAAGUCCCUUAAUAAUUUGCUCGAAACAAGAUUCCUACCUAAAAAAAGUACAUACUUAAGGUAACCUACUCUUUGUGCGUGCACGGUGCACCUGUGUUAUUUUAUAUUACUAUAGCCUAAUGCUACAUAAUUAGUUAACUUAGUUUUUACAGAUAUCUGAUAAUUAUACGUUAUAUUCAUAGUAUCCAUGUGUGUUGCUGAAAAUACAAUGAAACUAAUAAAUCUAUAUUUGUAUUCAGAAUACUUCCAACUGUUUAAUGAAAAUUAAACUAUAAUGUAUUGCUUUAUGAUAACUUGUACACCAAAUAAUAAUUGGUUUCUCUAUUUCAGUUUUGUAAUGGAGUUCUUUAGGCGUUUAUUUCCACAGACGGUAAAGAUACCUUUAGUUCAAAUAAAAGAUAAAUCGACUGAAUUAUCAAUUGCACAACCUUCUCAAAGUAAUGCUAAUUUAAUUGAACUUGAUACGAGCAACAAUGAUUUUUCAAUUACUGAUACCUUACAAUUCGAUAAAACCUCAAACCAAACUAUAUUAGAUAUUACGCAGACAAAUGUAACGUCUACAGAAGCCUGUUGUAACAGUGCUGAUAAGCCCAAAACCAUGAAAGAAUUGAUUGAUGUAACGAUUAAUGAAGCGAUUAUGAACGAAACGGAUGAAAAUGAUACUUUUAUAAAAGUUGUAACGUGUGAUGAUCGUAUUUACAACAGAAGCAAUGAAGCUAUGGAAGUAAAAGAUAAUGUAACAUGCUUAGAUCCGAAAGACUCCGUCUCAAAAACACCCGCACAAGAUAAAAGCGAUGAAACUCAAAAAAGUCUUGGAGACACAUGCAAGGAAAUUGGGAAAACAUGCAUGGGAGAUAAUUGUGGACAGGAAAUAAUAGAUUUGGAUGAAUUUCAAGAAUUUAUGGGACUUGGCGAUGAAGAGACAGAAAAGAGUAAUCUAAAAAAUGAAAAUAUGGAAGUUUUUGGGGAAAUUAAUGUUUUGAAUAAUUCUCAACUGCUUGCUCUCGAAAAUGUAGAAGUUAUUUCAAUAAUUUCAUCCACUGAUGAAGCGAAAAGUCAAAUUAAUAGCCAAAACUUUAUCUCAAUAAGUUCAGAAAAUAAUUCCCACCUUGAUGAUUACAACUCCUCAGAUUUUGAAUUUAUCACCGAGGAAGAAGCUAACAUGGAUGGAUUUAUAAUAAACAUUAAUUUACCGAGUCAAGAUUCUGAUAACUCUUCAACAUCAAGUUCGGAACCACUCAGCAAUUAUAUCUUGCGCAAAAAAGAUCUUAAUUCCAAAGAGGUUGAUGCUCAAAAUGAGUUUAUAGAUUCUCUGCCAGGUCCUAGUGGACUGAAUAAUCAAAAACAUGAAUUUGAAGAUAGGAGCUACAGAAACAAACAUGUUUUGCCCGAAGGGGACCAGUAUUUGGACCUUUUCCGAGGCAUUUACAAUCCUUUUUUGCCAGUAUGUGAGAUAUUUUUUUUGGAAAAUAAAUCUGUUAGGGCUUCGGCUAUGAAUGUCCAGUAUGAGGGUAUUGGAUUUGAUAAACAGCUUAUGCAUAAGAAAUAUAAACCUGACAGUUCUGAAGAUGAAUUUGAAGAUGAGGCUAAGAAAUGUGCUCAAAAGAUACUGAACAUGUAUCCCAGUGAAAACAGAAAGAGAAGGCGACGAUUCUAAACAACUCUUUUAUCUUAGUGUAGUUAAUAAGUAUUGAUUUAUUAUACUCUCAGCUCAAG